AAUUAAGCGUCUUUCUCAUCCAUUCAUUUCAUCGUCAUUCUCUCUCUUACGUCUCCGCUCUUUCCUUUAUAUUUCCUUCCUUUCUAUCCUUCAUCUUGUCUACGCUGGUUUUUUUCCGGCCAAUCGGUGCGGGAUCUAGCUGAUCUGUCGCCGGAACUUUCACAUAGAUUCCGGCGAUUCCAUCCUUUGGUCUUUUGUUUUAUUUUUUAAAAAAAACUUUAAGCGACAAUGGAUCCCGAAUAUGACUAUCUCUUCAAGCUUCUCCUUAUUGGUGAUUCUGGAGUCGGAAAAUCUUGUCUUCUUUUGAGAUUUGCUGAUGAUUCAUACGUAGAAAGUUACAUAAGCACCAUUGGGGUUGACUUUAAAAUACGUACUGUGGAGCAGGACGGGAAAACCAUCAAACUUCAAAUUUGGGACACUGCUGGACAAGAAAGAUUUAGGACAAUCACUAGUAGCUACUACCGUGGGGCCCAUGGCAUAAUAAUUGUUUAUGAUGUGACCGACCAAGAAAGCUUCAACAAUGUCAAGCAGUGGCUAAGUGAGAUUGACCGCUAUGCUAGUGAUAAUGUUAACAAAUUACUGGUUGGAAACAAGUGUGAUCUUACAGCUAAUAGAGUUGUGUCCUACGAAACAGCCAAGGCAUUUGCAGACGAAAUCGGCAUACCUUUUAUGGAAACCAGUGCAAAAGAUGCCACAAAUGUCGAACAAGCUUUCAUGGCCAUGGCUGCUUCCAUCAAGGAGAGAAUGGCAAGCCAACCGGCCAUGAAUAAUGCAAGGCCUCCAACGGUACAGAUCCGAGGUCAGCCAGUUGCACAGCAGGGUGGCUGCUGCUCUUCCUAAAGACGAAGGUCAACGAUGUGUUUCGCAAGCUCAGAUUUCUUAUUUUGCAGCAUGCUGUGCCUUUGGUGGCGUGUAAGAUUUAUGUGUUUCUUAACUCGAUAGAUUUAUUGAACUUAUUUGUUGGGGACCAACCUCAUUAGAGGAUCUAAUUCAUUUCUAUACGCGUGUUGAUGGGAAUGGCUUGUACAAUGUAUGUUUGUUGGUUAAUAUAAUAGCGUUCUUUCUC